CUUCUCCUGUCUGGGAGCAUUUUGAAUUGAUUGCUCAUAACAAGGUUUGUAUACAUUUAUAUAAUUUAUUAUCAUAACAUCACAUAAUCCUCACCAUAUCGCUGUAUAAUCACAAUGUGUAUUAUCUGCAUGUUGAAGGUGAAAUGUUUGCUGUGCCAUAAAGAGCUGACUUACAGCAACAACACCUCCUCAAUGCUUAGGCAUUAUCGUGCAAUGCAUGAGGAUGCCCAACCUGCUGCAAACAGACCAGCCACUAGUCAAAGUAAUAUUUAAUCUUUAUUUCAUUAUUUAAAUAAUGUGUUAGGCUCCUACAAUACACCAGCAUUGUACUGUGUUAUAGAUUACAGAAAGAAAAUGGUGGAUGAGGCUUUGGUCAACAUGGUCAUCAAAGACUCCCAACCCUUUUCUGUUGUGGAUGACGUGGGGUUUAGGGAGCUUGUGCAUGUGCUGGAUCCAUCCUAUGUUCUCCCAACAAGAAAGGCUUUGAAGUCCAUGGUUGACACCCGGUAUGAGGAGGCUAAGGAGAAGGCCAAAGAAAAAUUGGACAAUGUUGUUGCUGUUAACCUUACGUCCGACAUGUGGACGUCCAUCAACAUGGAGGCUUACCUGGCUGUGACUUGUCAUUUUAUUGAUGCCAAUGACCCGCUUGGGACAAUCUUGCUUGGGGUGCAACAUUUCCCAAACACUCAUACGGCAGACAACUUGGCUAUUGCCCAUACCAUGGUCAUGGAGGAGUGGGGCAUAAAGGAUAAGGUGAGGUGCCUUGUCACGGAUGCUGCUGCCAAUAUGAUUGCCUGUGUGAGGGCAUUGAAUAUUAGGCAUGCGAUAUGCAUUGCACAUGCAUUGAAUUUAAUUGUCAAGAAGUCUUUCGAUGAUGUGCCAGGCUUAAAUGAGCUUCGCACCAAAUGUAGGAAGCUUGUAACCUACUUCAGGACCAGCACAACAGGAAAAGAAAGACUGGCCCAAGUGCAGGUGCAGAUGGGGAGGCCUGCUCUGAAAAUGAUUAUUGAGGUGGACACUCGAUGGAACAGCACUUACAGCAUGCUGGAAAGGCUCUAUGACCUGAGAGAGCCAGUGUGGGCAGCUCUAGCCUCUUUGAGGACAGAUGUAAGCCCUCCUUCUUCAUUGGAGUAUGAAACAAUGAAAGAUGCUCUCGACCUACUGGCCCCAUUCCACCAGGCCACAGUAGAGCUUUCUGCAGAAAAAAGAGUGUCUGCUUCAAAGGUUAUUCCCCUAAUGAAGAUGCUUAACCACACAGUAGCAAGAAAGUCCGAGGGCAUAACAUCAAAUAUGGCAAGGCAGCUGGCUGACAACCUUGUCCGUCGUGUCAGAGAGCAUGCGUUAUAA